AUUUUCCUGUCACUACUACAAUAACAUCCACAACGAGGCGACGCUUUAAACUGUUCAGCUCAGUUUUGAGGAAUUGACUGUCACGUUGAAUGGUGAAAGUGUGUGAGGGUGGCGUCUGAUGGAUCAUGGUGGUCAGUUUGAGAGGGACAGCCGAAUAAUGUCAAAAUGUCAGGAGAAUGCGGUUGGCCUCUGUGAUAAUGUAAUCAGCCGUGAAGGUUUUACUCCCCAAACUCAAAACCUCAAUGAGACAAACGCUCUUACGCAGACCCAACAACACUCUCUCACACAAAAUGAGGAGAGAGUAGGAUCUGGACUUCUCCAAAUAGCUUCUCUCAAUAACAAUGGGAAGGAGGAGGUGGGAUACAGAGGAAAGAGACAAGGGGAGGAUGAAGAGGAAGACAAAGAUGACAUAAUGAGGGAGGAGGAAGAAUCUGAAGAUUCCAGCUGUUUUAUCCGCUGCCAGUCUCCAGAUACUCCAAUGACCGAUUCCUCUUUUUCAGAAACUGGCAGUCUUUUGGAAACACUUUAUCCUUUCAGCCCUGGGACUAGUACAGAGCUAAACUCUCCUGUCAUUCCAGUGGUCAGUCCGGAAACUGCAUAUCCCAGUAGUCCAGUAGAAAUGGGUCAGAGUGACGCUGCGAUGGCCUCUCAUAACCGAUCCAACACUGGAUCGGUUGCUUCUGUCACAGUGGAACCCACUUUUACCACAGCAUCUGUAGAUUUUGUUGAAUCAGCUGUACCCUCAGACAUGCGACCUGCUAUCAUAGUUGGGCCUGCAAGUAUCACAGAACCUACUAUUAAUAACAACGCCGUCUUAACCCCAGAACAUUAUACCUCAUCUGCAGACUAUACCAAUGGGCUGAUGUGCAAUAAAGGGCAGGCAUAUUCAUAUGCACAACCUAUAAAUUCACCAGUGGGGAAAUCGACAAUAACUGUCUGCACCACAGGACUCAGUACUUCCACUGCAGUAGAAACCACAGCUACCGCAACAGACUCCUCCUCUACCAUAGUACCUUUAACCUCAAAUAUUAAACACGUGGGAUCUACCUGUAUCUCAGCACCCAGCUUCACACGGCCUAUUCCAAGUCCUACUCUACUGGCGUCUCUGGAGCAGUUGGCACAAAGAGGAGACGAUACUCACUUUCCACACUACCUUCACCAGAUUGCAGAGGCCUUCGUUCAUCGCGAAGACUACCAGCGAGCAUUAUUAUGUAUCCAGCUGGAAAGGAUCUACCACCAGAGAAUAUUAGACAACUUGAAUGCACUACAAGAACAGUGGGAGAGUCACUGCAGGAUGUCUUCCGAACUGACAUCUCAACAUCUGGACAAUCUUACACACAUCUGCCGGACCCAUAAUCGACCAAGAGCCGGAAAUGCUAUGUGUGCAUCUCUGGAUUUUUUGAGGCCUACUUCAGAGGAAGGGGGUGUAGUUUCUUCAUGUAGUUCUGCCCAUCAGGUGGAAACAGGGAUGGAGGAGAGAGCUGACGACUCCUCUCUUUCUCAGAUUAGGCGACUAGCAACACCCCCUCUUCAUUCAGAAGACUGUAAAGAGGACAUGGAUGAAGAGGGGAAUGAGGUUGUAGGAGGGGUCACUGACACCAUUUCAGUCACAGGGAGGGGACUACACCCCUCUACAGUUGGGGAAAUGGUUCAGUCCAAGCCCGCAGAUCAGCAGGGAGAAGCGUUAAGCCCGGCACAGAAAAAGGAGGCAAAACAGGAAGACAAGGAGAAAGAUGUAGAGGAGGCAGCAGAACCUUCAAGGAUGGAGAAUGAGGGAGAUGAAGAGGAGCAAAAGGAAGGGGAGACUCGUCUUUUUCACAGAGCUCUCCCAGAGGAGCCUGUGCUCAGUGGGGCAGAGAUGUUCUCACUACAACUGCAACAAGAAGUUCUGUCUGAGGAGAAGGUUCAGGAGGAGACCCGGACUUCUCACAAGAGCCAGGAGAGUGAUGAAACUGGCCUGCAGGAGGUCCACCUUUCUCAGGAGUGUUACAUGGAGCUGCGUGGUGUGUGUGAGGAGGAGGACUACUAUGAGUUAGAGCAAGCUGACCUCAUCAGAGAAGCUGCCUUACUGGAUGACCUGGCUAAACUCAUCACAGUCGAAGAGGUGUCUCCUGCCUCUGGUUUGGUCUCCAUACUGAAAAAGCAGAGUGUGUGUGUGGAAGAUGUGGAUGUACGUACAAGUUCAGAGUCCAGGGCUGACAGAUCCACUGCCAAAAGACGUGUACGAUUCCAAGUCCCUGAUGACGGCUCUGAGCAAGAUGUUGGAGGUAGUGACUCCUGCCUGCUCCUCUUCCUGCUUUGUCUGGUUACCGUAGUGAUUAGUCUGGGAGGCACUGCCCUUUACUGCGCUCUGGGUGAUGCCCACUCCUCAGUCUGUCAGGACUUCUCCAGAAAUGCCGACUUUUACUUUGACCAGAUACAGCGCGGGAUAUCUCAGGUCCAACACUGGUUUACACCCUGGUCAUAGCCUCCACAUUGUGGUGCAACAGACUUUCAGGGUUUAAUUGAUGGUUUUAGCAGUUCCCUGGGAAAUGAUUUUCCUACCAGGAAGCAGUUCCAGCCACGUAGGAGAUCUUUUUUUAAUAUUGCUAAUUGGUUAUUGCAUUAUUUAAGAUCCUUUUGAGAUCUUAAACAUUUUAGAGAUAUUUUUAGGCUCUUUGAACAUAAUCACAAAGCUUAUUCAGACUGAGGCACAGUCCAGUUCAGGCUUUACAAGAUCAUCCUUAAAGGGGAACUAGAACAUAUUUCAACCUCAGCUCUAUUUUUAGGUGCUGUUGGGUUCAUCUUUACAAUCCAGACAAAAAAUAUUUUAAUCAGCGCAGUGUUGAUUUAGAACACAAAUACAUCAAAGGAAGCAACUAUGUCAUGUAAUUGUUUGAGGCAAGCUAAAAACGCUCACAGUAAAUCUCUUCAGCAGCGACAAGAAGCAGUUCAGUUUAUUUUAUUUUUUUCUUGCCCCAUGCCAUUAUAUUCUAUAGCUAUUUGGAUUCCAAAUCAAUACCACACCAAUUAAAAUAAUUGCCCCGAGUGAAAAGAUGAAAUCAAAUAAUCUAAAAAUAGAUCCCAGGUUGAAAAAUGCCAGAGUUCCCCUUUAAUAACUGUGAUGUUAAAGGGAGAACUCCAUCCACUUUAACUUGGUCUUAAAUAGAGACUGAGGUGAGCGCCAAAUCCUCAAACACAUUCUCAGCCAGUAAUUCAAAAAGUUGUGAUUUACUCUGUGGUAAGUGGAUGAAAUCCAUCAGUGGCUCACGCUGGGUUCAAAGACAUAACUUGCCGGUAAUGUCUAACUGAUGUACGGCUCAUGAAACAGAGGGCACAGAGCUGCUCUCAAAACACUGCACAACCUGGAUGUGACCCAGUGGCAUUUUUACAAACUGCUGCAACUUUUUUUUUCCUCUUCAUGACAAAUGAAAUCUUGCAAUGAACAAACAAAUCUAUGGUGUACUACUUGGAAUGUCAUAAUUAUGUCUUAAUCAUGUCUUCAAGCUUAUUAAUUAUUAAUGAAUGAAUGUUUAGAGUUUAAUGUUUACAUUUGCUUUGUGUCAUCAUCUGUGGGAAAUUGAUGCGUGGAGAUGGAAAGGCUGAGACACUGCGGAGACGCGAUGACACAUCCAAAAUUUCCAGCCCUCCCCAAAAAAAGAAACUGUGAGCAUACUUUGUAUAUUACUUUUACACUAGCCAUUACUGAAGAGCUCUUCAUCUCUGCUCACAAAUAACACAAGUGUUUUGUUGCUGUGCUUUCUGUACAACUGCCAACAAUUGGCUGUAUUGUGUAGCUAAGGUGGCUACCACUGGGUGCUACAGCUCCCGUCUGUGUCAGGAGCGACUAAUCGUAUGUCAUAGAGGGCAGCUUUUCAUUCCAGUCACAAGGGUUUAAUUAGCACUCCUUAAAGCGGAGGGGUGGAAUUCAUCAUUGUGACUGAUUGGAGUGCAGACCUGCUAACUGUUGGUGCUCUGUGGCACACAGUUAGCCCUCCUCUGUCUCUGGGCUUCAGUGACUUACAUUUAGCACUGCGUUAUGAAACAUAAGCAUUUAAAGGAACAAAGUGCGUCCCUGUAAAUAUCAAAAGAAUGUUUAAUAUGUUGCACACAAAAUUGGUACGACGGUUGGUUUUGUUUUUGUAUUUCUUUAUUGAGAUCUUGCAAAACAUCAGGCAUUCAGCUUUAUAUGAUUUAAUGAGGGAAAUAUAAACAAACAUAAAUCACAUUAUCAGGAAAUAUACAAUAGUUAUGCACUGAUCAGUUGCACUAGAAGUGAACUGAGUCCGAGUAGCUGCUGACACUUUCACUUGUAAAUGAAUGAAUCAUGUACAGUUAAUUUAGAGACAGUUGUUCAUUGUACUUGAGGAGCAGAUCCAUCUGUGUUGGUAGAGACAUUUGAUGCACUGUCGGUCCAGCUGGGUCUGUUGUCUCAUUAUGUGAUUGUCAGCUCAAAUCAAAAAUUAUUAUUUUUUUACUUUGUCCUUAUUGUGUCACCUUUUAUAACAGCCAUUUUUGUUCAACACAUUUAAUACACUUAAUCUGUGUUGAAUUUUCAGAAUUUGACUCUUGUUUAAUUUAGAUAAAAACAAAAGCUCAUUUUGAAAAGAGGCGGAAUUGCUCUUUAUCCAUGAAACUAACUUUAAAUAAAUUGCCAGUGAUUUAUCACUUACUUUUAAAUGGUUUUGAGCAAUUUUAGAUGUUUUACUUGCAUUAUCUUAAUGUUUAAAUGCACAUUUUGGCUACUUAGUCAUAAUUAGGGCUUCCUCUUGUUUGGUGAACUAGUGGAUGUCACAGAAAGUGUGGUGGCAGAAUAAGAAAAAAACAAACAAAAAAAACAACAUAAUGAAAAGACCAGAACUGUCAAAGUAAAAUGUCUCAUCAGACACACGCUAAUGUUUUAUCUAUGCAUUUUUUAAGUUUAAGAUAAAACAGCAUCAUCAGUUUUUUUUAAUGUGUACCUCUGACAAGAACCUGCAGAUUUGUUUUGAAAUAUAUGUGUUACAGAAGGGAAGAAUCACAGUUUUAAAUUUCCUAGUAUCUUCUGACUGGUUCAGAUCCCUGCUACUCAGAAGAUGCUGUAUUUACUGUUGUAGAUUUUAUUUAUAAUAUAAGCAAUGUCAAGUGUACAUAGUUGAAAAGUAAAUGCACCUUUAAUUUUCAUCUUUUAUUUGUUGAUGUUGAAGAAUAAUUGUUGCAAUCAGUUUCAGGAAUCUUAUUAUCACCUCUGAAAGAAGAUUGUGUUGCUUUAUGUUAUCGACUAACCCCAGUGAACGCCAUCAUCAUGGUCGUUGACGUUCAUUUCUAAUGACAUUCGUUUUACUUCAGAUGAUGUAAAACUGGUCACUUUGUUUCACUAAUGUCACAUCUUUGGUUUAAAACCAUCCAGGUUAUAAUGGUAUGUUACCGCUUUUAAGCCAUUGUUAUGACAGUCAUUAGAAAUGAACUGAAUGAUGUUUUACGUGUGUGACUGUAUCAUGUACCACUGUUUUCAUUCUGUCAUGGGUAAUUAUGUCUUGUUGAAUUUUAUUUUAUUCUUUGUUAACGGAGAUGAGGUUUUUAAAUUUUUUUUUUUUUUUUUUUUGAUGUGAACACUUUAUGUCUUUGUUAAAACCAUUGAAAGGUGGCUGGCAUCCAGAGUUUCCACUGUGUGUGUGUGUGUGUGUGUGUGUGUGUGUUCUAUAAUGCUGACUUGAGUUCUGGGAGAAGUAUUGGUAAUUACAAAUGUUAAUCUGUGGUUCAGUGUGAAAAGUGCUGAUACGGGAAGUCUAUGGUUUUUCAUUAUUGUAGCAAUAAUAAUUAUAAUAAAAAAGUAAUUGAUCU